UCAAUUUAAAUGCCCUGCAAUACCUGAAGUGAAACAUCGAAAUGUCGCUAUCUUUGUGGUAGAAACUUGUUAACAAUUGUCAAUUAGCAAUUAGAUGUUAUUUAAAGUAUAUAGUGAAAUUCCGAUUUACGUUUGAUAGUCAUGAGUAACAAGUAAAAUAUGCAGUGAAUUUCCUAGUAAAUUUUGUAGUAUUUCGAGUGAUAGUGUCCAUCAGUUUAUGAAUGAAAACAAGAGAAUGAACUUCAAAAUGAAGCUGAUAGUGACUUCGAUUUUUUUUGUUAUUGUGUUUGUUUCGUGUGAAGAUUUAAAUGAGAAAAUCAACGAAGCACUUUGUCAAUUGGGAUGCCACGAAAAUGUACCUCCUAUGUGCUCUGCUUCCGAAUUUUGUGAAUGUAGUAAUGAAACUUAUUCAGAAGAAGAUUCUUUAGAUUGGACUCCUGAAAAUACCCACGAAAACCUCAAUUUGAAAUGUAAAUCUCAAGAUAUGUUUCAUGUAGAAUGGAAAAAUGAAAAUGAAUUUUCGAAUAAGAGUAAAAUUGCUUAUUUUUUACACAUAUCUUACAACGAAAAAAACAUUUUCACAGAAGUGAUUUUCUGUAAUUAUUACAGUAUUUCAAAGGUUUCCCCUAAUGAAACAUACAAAGUAACUCUUUGGGCAGUGGAUGGAACGAAUGUUUCAUUUUCGAAUACUUUAACAGUUAAAACACCAGAAAAAGGAAGAAUACCUCUGCCAGUUCCUAACGUAACCGUCAGUCUUAUACCCAAUGGUGCCAAGUAUGAAGCUGAGAUUGAAUGGAGUCCUGCAGAAGAUUUAUCUUGUUAUUAUGAAAUAGUUCUGUUUUGCAUGCAUUCUGGACAUAGAUUUAAUCCAGCCCCAGCUCCUGAAUACUUCGAAUUAAUUGAUGCAUUGGAUCUUUUCAAGCUCAAUCUGAACGAUUUGGAAUUUGGGUAUGACUAUGCACUAACAAUAAAAGCCCAAUCGGCAGAAUUUGAAGAGGAAAGUCGAAAUAAAACUGUAGAGAUUAUUGUGCCAACAUGUUUGGAAACUUACGAAAACCUAACAAUAUGUGAGCCCCCACAGCCAGAAAACCUAACAAUCGAAGAAAUCCAGCUAGCACCUGCAAUCUACGACAUCCACAUCAACUGGUCCAAACCCAGUCUGCUACCGGAUUAUUAUGUGGCCAAAUUGAGCAUUCUAAACAAGAGUGUCGAUACGAGCACUAUGCCCACCCUGAACAUGUCAGGGGAAGCCACAAGCGCCACCUUCAAGCACGUCGAGCUAACCUCCUACUACCAGGUCCACCUGCAGGCCUUCUCCAAAGCCGGCGGUAGUUUCACAGCGGUUCGGGACCGGCUCUCGAUGCACCCCCUGAGGAUACCCGCCAUGCCGGACGAGAAAUACCAAAAUUUGAAAAUUCUCCUGAUCGUUCUUUUUUCUGUAGGAUCCACUUCGGUGGUGAUAGCUGUCCUGGUGCCUAUGAUACAGCGACGCUUCGGCCGGAACGUCUCCAAGUUCGACACCACAGCAGAGGACCAAAGUUUUAGUCAAAUAGACCAAUACAGUUACCCUCCACAAGUCUUAUAUACGGCAGAUAAAUGGCAUAUCAAUUUUGAUGAUGUUACUUUCAAAGCAGUUAUAGGAGAAGGAGCUUUCGGUGUCGUGUGGCAGGCAAAUAUUGGCGAAAAAACAGUUGCAUGUAAAAUUUUAAAAGAAAACGCAAGUGCAGAUGAAGUCCGUCAGCUCAAUCAAGAAAUAGACAUAAUGAAGCAAGUAGGACCUCACCCCAACAUUGUUUCUAUAAUAGGGUACAUCACCCGAAAAGUCCAUAAUGGUCCAAUAUUGGUAGUGGAAUUUUGCCCAAAGGGCAGUCUUCUAUCGUACUUGAGGGAGAUCUACACUAAUAUCGAAUAUAGAUUGAGAAGGAUACAAAUGGAGGAAUCUGAACAAGGUCCCAACGAUUUCACCAAUCAAUUGUAUACGUUCGAUUGGAAGCAGCUAAAUGAAGAACUCACUCUCACCAAAACUGAUAUGAUAUCGUUCGGCAGGCAAAUAGCUAGUGGAAUGGAAUACCUAUCAAGCCAAAAAGUCCUGCACAGAGACUUGGCUGCAAGGAACAUACUGAUGAUGGACGACAAAACCGUGAAAGUAUCUGAUUUUGGGCUUAGCCGUGACGUGUACAUGGACAGCAUCUACUGCAAGACAACCAAUGGCAAGCUUCCUCUACGUUGGAUGGCCUUGGAGUCCCUCACCCACCAGAUCUACACCAGUCAAAGCGAUGUUUGGUCCUUUGGGAUUCUGAUGUGGGAGAUAUCGUCCUUGGGGGCUAUCCCCUAUCCUGGAGUGGAAACGCAAGAAUUACUUGCGAUGUUGAACAGAGGAGAACGGAUGGGAAAACCAGAGUUGUGUCCGGAUGAACUGUAUGCACUCAUGAUCAACUGCUGGAAUGAAUCGCCUAGUGAUCGCCCAACUUUCACUUCAUUGAAAGAAGCCUUCGAAAGAAUGCUGUCAGAAGACAUAUUGUAUUUGCAAAUAGCCUUCAAUUGAGGGUUUAUAAUUGAAGCUUCAUUCGAUUUCUCUGAUCUCUUCUUAAUUGUUUUUAGUCACAUUUAUGUCGUGAUGUUAUAGGAAAUAUAAUGAAUUAAAUUUGAGAGAAUCUCCAAAAACUGCCAGAAUAUGAAGUUACUCUGCCUAUUUGAUUAUUUACAUAAAUAAUCAACAGUUAUAAUAUGACUUUGGAUGUGAGUAAUACACAUUUGUCUUUUAAACCAUUUAUUCUUCAUAUUUUAUAUUAAUAAUUUAUUUUUUACUUAUUUAAUGUAUCGCCAAAUUUUCAUAUACUGUAUUAUAAAAAUAAACUUGAUCCAACCA